AUGUUCCAAAGGACUUUUUUCAGACAGGCGCAGGCAGCCAAGUCCGCCCUCUCCGUUCGCGUCACAUCCACCACACCUCUGGCCGUCCGGCGCACGUCACAAUUGCAGCCUCAGCUCCAGACUAUCCGGCCCAUCGUUCGCCAGCCAGCCUACCGCUUCUAUUCCACAGAGAACAAAUCUGAGGGCGCUCCGAAUUCCGAAGCAAAGGAGAAUGAAGCUGCCGAGGACUCUGCCGAGGAGGCCCUCCGCAAGGAGCUCGAGAAGAAGCAGAAGGAGAUUGUUGAUCUGAAGGAUAAAUACGUCCGUUCCGUCGCAGACUUCCUCAAUCUGCAAGAGCGUACCAAGCGUGACAUGGAGAAUGCCCGCAACUUCGCCAUCCAGCGCUUCGCCAUCGAUCUGCUGGAGAGCAUUGACAACUUUGACCGUGCCCUCCUUGCCGUUCCCCGAGAGAAGCUGGAUGCGACUCUCACCGAGCACAACAAGGACAUGCUGGAUCUGGUUGAUGGUCUGAAGAUGACACAGAACAUCCUCAUGAACACCCUGCAGAAGCACGGCCUGGAGCGCUUCGACCCCAGCGAGCCCGCUGAGGAUGGCAAGCCCCAGAAGUUCGACCCCAACUACCACGAGGCCACCUUCAUGACCAAGGCCGAAGGCAAGGAGGAUGGCGAGAUCAUCCACACCCAGACCAAGGGCUUCAAGCUCAACGGUAGAGUUCUAAGAGCUGCCAAGGUCGGUGUUGUCAAGAACAACUAG